AGGAUGGCACUGAAUAUGAUCCAGGAUGUCAAGAUAUCUCUACCGUUUGCUCCAGAACCUCCUCUUACUCCUGUGUUGACUUUCACUUGGGAUUUCCAAAACCUUAGCACAUUAGCAGGGGAUACACCAAGACGUUGCUUAGAUCUGUCCAAUCUCAGCAGUGGAGAAGAGGAAAUUGCUUUCACCUUCAGUCAGUCCCCAGGAGCGCUGGAAACUGAUAAGAACAGCGUAAUAGAAUUCCAGGAUCAGCUAGACUCAAGGAGGCAGUGUGUACAAUUGCUCCAGCCUGAGGUAUUGUGCAGCACACCAGGCACUCCAGGCUACCUUCAGCAAGUUAGCGGGGAGAUUAGCAGUCCUUCAGUGAACAAGGGAAAUGAAGACAGAUUGUUUAACCAUAAUCAGAGGCAAAUGCCUAGAUCCCUGCUGUUCCAGAAGAGACUACCAGACUCUUACUUGACUUGUUAUACUGCGGUGCUAAAAGCAGAGGAUUUAAUGGAGUGUGAGAUGAAAGAUCUUAGCAGCCCAAUUGCUACUUCAGGAAUCCCAGAGGCCUUGGAUAGCUUUUCUGAGCUCUGUUCCAGUGAAAAGGAAGAAACAGAGAAGCCCCUUUCUGGGCACCACUCCAGAAUGGCUGCCUUGUUGUCUGGACCACUCCAUACUCAGGAUGUCAAUAUCAGUGAGGUCUCCAUGAACAAGAGCCGCCUCUUCCAAUCACCAUCUUUGCCAGCAAAACUGAACAGGCCUGCAUCAAAGAGGGCAGUAAAAGGCCAUGAUGAUGAAACUCCAACUAAGGUGAAAUGGAAGUGCAGCCCAAUCCAAGAAGGGCCAGACGAGAUUAUGCUUUUGAAGAAAACAGCCUCCCUUUCUGACAUCGAGAUUGUCAGAGCCCUUGAUCAAGACCAUGGCUUCAGGCAGUUAAUUGGUGAUUUCUCUGGUGUGUAUUCACUGCCAACAGUCACUGGAAGGCAUUCGGAUCUGAGAUAUAUCACUACAGACACUGGGGCUUUGAACAUUCACAGGCAAGAUGACUUAUCUGAACUUUUCCUAAGGAAGCCCCUGCUUCGAUCAUCACCACAGAAGCGUCUCAUCCUUGUAUUCCAUUGUGAAUAUUCUUCUGAAAGGGGUCCCAAGAUGUGUCGCUACCUGAGAGAGGAAGACCGAGCCAUGAAUGAAUAUCCUGCCCUGCACUAUCCUGAACUUUAUGUUCUUCAAGGUGGCUACAAGGAGUUCUUUCUAGAAAACAAGGAGCUGUGUGAACCCCAGAGCUAUUGUCCCAUGGAUCACCAGGAUUUCAAGGCAGAGAUGGUCAAGUUCCAUGUCAAGAGCAAGACCUGGGCAGGAGAACGGAGGCGCAGGGAUCAGAUUGCCCGUCUCAUGAAGCUAUGAGUUCAGAGUUGGUAGCCAGGAGGGGACCUUCUCCAAGAGACCUCCCCGGCUAACGGAAAAGCUGAAGCUUCUGUGAUAUGCUGAAAGGCUAGGAAAGUGAGCUUGCCGGGACCAAGCAGCCCUGGCAGUGGUUACAAUGAGGAGAGCUCCGAAAUGUUGAGGUCCCUAGUUUGACAGGACUGUGACCCAGUGCAGCUUCCUGAUGGAAUAGACUCAGUGGAAUUGGCAAUGGCCCCUGCGAAAAACAAGUUUUGGCUCAGAAGGUUGCCAAAUGC